GUGUUCCGCGUUUUCCGUGUUUUUCUGUGUAGUUAAGUGUCGAGUGCGAUUUGGGCUCCGUAAAAAUGCAAUCCCGUCCAGUAGCGAUGGUGGUGAUGCAGUGAAGAAUCACAGUGCACUACACAUAGCUCAAAGCCUUCCGUCCUAAGAUCUGCUUUACCGCACGGCCAACUCCCAUCCAUCCACCCGCAUUGGGACGACACGCAGGAGGAGGAGUUCGCUGUUGCCAGCAUCAGCAGCAGCGCCAGCCAGAUCAGGCCAGCGAAUAGUAGGGGGAAUGGUCGCACCGGACGCACGCUUGUCGACAUCAGCAUUAACGGCAGCGGCAGCAUCAUCAUCAGCGUCAGUACCAUCAUCGUGCCAGCCAGUCGUGGACAAGCAGUCGGGGUGAUUGGUUGCGCGUUUGAAUCGGGUUCCACUUUGACCCAUACGCUUAGGCCCACACAACGGCCAGCAGGGGAAGCAGCAGCAGCAGCAGCAGCAGCAUUGUCGCACAUCACAGAACGACCAGGACCACGUGGCGUGGAGUCCAUAAGCAAUUGGAAGCGGUAGUAGCAGCGUGAUAGCAAUUCGAAUGGUGAUCGUGAUUGAAAGCAUAUAUCGUUUCGGCACAGUGUAAAAUCGCUUGAUCGUAUAUCGCCUUUUCUGGCCCUUGUUGUGCGUGCGUGUGUUCCGUGUGCUAGUGCGAAAAGUUUAUCUCAGCACCAGAGGCAAGAAAGUCAAACGACGGGCGACAAAAUGGUUAUUUCGAAAAUUUGCUGUAUCGGUGCUGGAUACGUCGGUGGGCCCACGUGCAGCGUGAUGGCACUCAAGUGUCCCGAUAUCCAGAUAACGGUCGUCGAUCGUAGCACCGAACGGAUAGCCCAGUGGAACUCGGACAAGCUGCCAAUUUACGAGCCCGGCCUGGAUGAGGUGGUCCGUCAGUGCCGCAACCGCAACCUGUUCUUCUCCACCGACAUCGAGAAAGCCAUCCAGGAAGCGGAGCUCAUCUUCAUCUCCGUUAACACGCCCACCAAAACGUACGGCAAUGGGCGAGGCCGUGCGGCGGAUCUGAAGUACGUCGAGGGCUGCGCCCGCAUGAUCGCCGAGAUGUCACAGAACAGUAAGAUCGUGGUGGAGAAGAGCACGGUACCGGUACGGGCGGCCGAAAGCAUCAUGCACAUCCUCAAGGCCAACCACAAACCGGGCGUUAAGUAUGACAUCCUAUCGAACCCGGAGUUUCUUGCCGAAGGCACGGCAGUGGAGGACCUGCUCAAGCCCGACCGUGUCCUGAUCGGGGGCGAGCAAACGCCCGAAGGGCAGGCAGCGAUCGAAAAGCUGUGCUGGGUGUACGAGCAUUGGAUCCCGAAGAAGAACAUCAUCACGACCAACACGUGGAGCUCGGAGUUGUCGAAGCUGGCGGCGAACGCAUUCCUGGCGCAGCGCAUUUCCUCCAUCAACUCGCUGUCGGCCGUGUGUGAGGCGACCGGUGCGGACGUAUCGGAGGUGGCCCGUGCCGUGGGGCUGGAUUCACGCAUUGGGCCAAAGUUUUUGCAGGCAUCGGUCGGGUUCGGGGGCAGCUGCUUCCAGAAGGAUAUCCUCAAUCUGGUGUACAUCUGCGAGGGGCUCAAUCUGCCCGAGGUGGCCGCCUACUGGCAGCAGGUGAUCGACAUGAACGAUUACCAGAAGACGCGCUUCUCGCAGAAGAUUAUCGAGUGCCUGUUCAACACGGUCACCGACAAGCGCAUCUCGAUACUGGGCUUUGCGUUUAAGAAAAACACCGGCGACACGCGCGAAACGCCCGCGAUUACCGUCUGCCGGACGCUGCUGGACGAGGGCGCCCAGCUGAACAUCUACGAUCCGAAGGUGGAACCGGAGCAGAUCAUUGCCGACCUGACGCACCCGAAGGUUACCGAGAGCCCGGAGCACGUGAAGCGGGCGGUGCAGAUCUUUGCCGAUCCGUACGAUGCGGUCCGGGGCACGCAUGCCCUCGUCGUGUGCACCGAAUGGGAUGAGUUUGUCGUAUGUCAUCAAUGUCACCGCCACAUCGCGUCGAAGCCGACGGUUGCGGGACAUCCGAACCAAACCUACCACCACCUUCCGCCCCACCAUCCUUCGUCAAACCACGAACCACGGUGCCCGGUCGAUUCUAAUACUGUACCCGUUGUCCCUUUUGCUUUCUUCCCGCAGAGUCUCAACUACGAGCGCAUCUACGCGUCGAUGAUGAAGCCGGCGUACAUCUUCGACGGGCGCAAGAUACUGCCGCACGAGCGGCUCCAACAGAUCGGAUUCCACGUGCAGACGAUCGGGAAGCGGCUGCUGCAGCAGGACAGCACCGCGCCCACUGCGCGGCCCGCCCUACCGGCGCCGGUGGUGGCCCACCAUCUGACGAAUGGGCAUGGGCCGCUACCGGCCAACGGGGACGGCCCCAGUGCGCAGGCCUAGUAGCUCUGUUGCCUCGUAGAUAGUAGUAGUAGUAGUAGUGCCGCUAGUGACAUCGCUUCACCCGACGACACCGACCACCCGGACCACCGUGACCCGCGGCGCAUAGCCUUCGAUGCGGCCGCCGGCUGGUUGCAGUGCUUCCUGCGUAUGGAUUGUACCGGAGCGUCGACGAAACCACCCGCCGCCACCGCUGCCGAUCGUGCGACGUCGGGUCGGCUAGCGCGACGAUCGUCACCACCGCCAGCACCACCACCGACACCGCACCGCUUCCAGCUCGGUUGCCGGAUCGUGCGUACCGUGCGUACCAGCGUCCAGAGUGACGCCAUCCUUGGCGGUGUAACGUCCACGGUGGAAAGUCUGCUCGGGCAAAGGCCGCGCAGCAGAACGAGAAGCACACCCGGCGGCAGCACAUCCGGUGACGACAACAUUACGAUACCACCGGAAGAUAGAAAGUAUUACUACUGAUGAUGGUUGCCGCCGCCGUUCGGGUGGGUCGGUCGGUCGUGCGUGCGUGGCAACUACUCUUCUCGAGGGGCUCUAUCCUGCGCUUUCACCACCUAUCAUCCUCCAACUAUCUUCGCUUCCUUCGUGCGCCGUUGCAUUUAGGCUUAAGACGACCGUAUGUGAGAGACACGACGCAGGGGCCGUACACAUCACCACAGUGGUGCUUUUUCUACAUUUAGGUUAGGAAUGAUGGCGCCAUCUUCUCUCGAACGGGAGGGCGCCCAAUCGAAACGAAUCUAUACUCAAGUAGUGCUUUCGCGUAUUAUCCUCUUCCCAUUGUAUGUAUCCCUCCCUGUAGCUGCAUAGACAAGGCAAGGCGAGAGAUAGAGAGAGAGAGACCGCAGAAGAUAUUCACUACGUGUAGCGCGAACGCAUUAGGAUAAGCAAGACGCGACACCCGGUAGAAGGAUACGUUCGAACGUACAGCCGGAUUUCUUAGGACAGAUCGACCGACCGACCGACAGACAGUCAGACAGACAUGCUGCUACUACUACUACUACUAACGCGGUUUGUAGAGGCGCUUUUUGCUGUAGUAUUUUUGCAUUUCUUUACUUUUGUAUGAAAAUCCCAUAUAUAUUGCUAAGAACGUGUAGUAUUUUUUCGUAACGUAAGAACAAAGGCAAGCACAACAGCACACACCACACAACACACAACACAGCCCCCGCAAGCAUUAUCGAUAGUGUUUUUUUACGCCACAAGCACACACACACACACACACACACACACACACACGUAAUACACACGUGCCUGCUGUCCCACGUGUGCUAGUGUUUGUUUGAAGUAACUGGUAAUGGAAGGAAGGAUCUACUAAUUGCUUAUUACUGUGCAAUAUAACGCAAUCCCGAGGGAUGUUGUGUUUUGUCCGAGACAAAACUCAAUGCACUUUCUUCCCCCGACCGAAUCCGAGCAAACAAACAAAGAAGAACGAUUUAUUAUGUAGUAUUGAACCAUCAAUCGCGUAAUGGAAACACUUCGAUUUAGCUAGUAACGUUGUAAUACGGUUCCCCUGGAAAGCCGGGGAGUGGUGCAUCACUGUACGAAUUGUGAGAGUAUAAAAUGAUAAAAAUAAACGAUUUAAGCCACUAUUA